AUUGGAGUCCAAGUUAAUUCAGAGCAUGCGCAAUAUCAACAGCCUGCAAAGGGGAGGGGCUAGAAGUCGGACCGGAAGUGGAAGUGUUCCUCUAAGGCUUUUUUGCCGCUGGUGUCAGAAUUUUCAUAUUUCAAUACUGAGAAGUCUUUGAGGUUUCUCUGGGGAGCCCCAUGGUCAGAUCUUCCUCCAGACUCCAGCCUACCUCUUCAGAGCAGCUCUGCUUGAGUUCACAGAUGACCACUAAACUUCAGGCAUCCUAGAGAAAAAGGAUUGAGAUCCAUUAUGGCCAUGCCAGCCAGCUGGACUUCUUCACCCCAGAAAUCCCCGGCCCUGGCUCUAGAGGAUCAUGGCAACUCCUAUGAGUGUUAACCUUGAUGCCCGAAAGACCUGGAAAUUAUGAAGAUAGAUUCAGAAGUCAAAUAUGUUAACUAACUGCAUUGAAGAGUAGAAGAAAACAAUAGCCUAUAUCUUUGUACAUCAGGAGAUGUUUAUUACUAUCUUUGAAUGAGGAGAUUUCUUCCUGACAAACUGUCUAUAAGAAGAUAUUUGGUGAGGUGUCAAAACUGCAUUCCAGCGUAACAUGACAUUGCCUUGAUUCCCCAUUAAAUUUUUUGAUAAUGGAUCAGUGUCCUUCAGGGAUGUGGCUAUAGAUUUCAGCAGAGAGGAAUGGCGGCACCUGGACCCAUCUCAGAGAAACCUGUACCGGGAUGUGAUGCUGGAGACCUACAGCCACCUGCUCUCAGUCGGGUAUCAAGUUCCUGAAGCAGAGGUGGUCAUGUUGGAGCAAGGAAAUGAACCAUGGGCAUUGCAGGGUGAGAGGCCACAUCAGAGCUGCCCAGGAGAGAAAUUAUGGGACUAUAAUCAAUGUAGAAAAAUCCUCAAUUAUAAACAAGUAUCUUCUCAACCUCAAAAAAUGCAUCCCAGGGAGAAACCUUAUGAAUGUGCUGAAUUUGAAAAGAUAUUCACCCAGAAGUCACAGCUCAAAGUACACCUGAAAGUUUUUGCAGGAGAAAAACUCUAUGUCUGUAUUGAAUGCGGGAAGGCUUUUGUACAGAAGCCAGAAUUUAUUACACAUCAGAAAACCCAUAUGAGAGAGAAACCCUUUAAAUGCAAUGAAUGUGGAAAAUCCUUUUUCCAAGUAUCUUCUCUCUUCAGACAUCAGAGAAUUCAUACUGGAGAGAAACUCUAUGAAUGUAGCCAAUGUGGGAAAGGCUUCUCUUAUAAUUCAGAUCUCAGCAUACAUGAGAAAAUUCAUACUGGAGAGAGACACCAUGAAUGCACUGAAUGUGGCAAAGCAUUCACACAGAAAUCCACACUCAAGAUGCAUCAGAAAAUCCAUACAGGUGAGAGAUCCUAUAUUUGUAUUGAAUGCGGACAGGCCUUCAUUCAGAAGACUCAUUUGAUUGCACACCGAAGAAUUCAUACUGGAGAAAAACCAUAUGAGUGCAGUAACUGUGGGAAAUCCUUCAUUUCCAAGUCACAACUUCAGGUACAUCAACGCAUUCACUCAAGAGUAAAGCCCUAUUUAUGUACUGAAUAUGGGAAGGUGUUCAGCAAUAAUUCCAACCUCAUUACACAUAAAAAAGCUCAAAGUAGAGAGAAAUCUUCUAUAUGUACUGACUGUGGGAAGGCAUUUACUUACAGGUCAGAGUUGAUUAUACAUCAGAGAAUUCACACUGGAGAGAAACCUUAUAAAUGCAGUGACUGUGGAAAAGCCUUCACUCAGAAAUCAGCACUCACAGUGCAUCAGAGAAUUCAUACAGGAGAAAAAUCAUAUGUAUGCAUGAAAUGUGGACUGGCCUUCAUUCAGAAGGCACACUUGAUUGCACAUCAAAUAAUUCAUACUGGAGAGAAACCUUAUAAAUGUGGUCACUGUGGGAAAUUGUUUACUUCCAAGUCACAACUUCAUGUUCACAAACGAAUUCACACAGGAGAAAAGCCCUAUAUGUGCAAUAAAUGUGGGAAGGCAUUCACCAACCGGUCAAAUCUCAUUACACAUCAGAAAACUCAUACAGGAGAGAAAUCUUAUCUAUGUUCCAAAUGUGGAAAGGCCUUCACCCAGAGGUCGGACUUGAUUACACAUCAGAGAAUCCAUACCGGGGAGAAACCUUAUGAAUGCAGUACUUGUGGAAAAGCCUUUACCCAGAAGUCUCAUCUCAAUAUACACCAGAAAAUUCAUACUGGAGAGAGACAGUAUGAAUGCCAUGAAUGUGGGAAAGCCUUCAACCAGAAAUCAAUACUCAUUGUUCAUCAGAAAAUUCACACAGGAGAGAAACCCUACGUAUGCACUGAGUGUGGAAGAGCUUUCAUCCGCAAGUCAAACUUUAUUACUCAUCAAAGAAUUCAUACUGGAGAGAAGCCUUAUGAAUGCAGUGACUGUGGGAAGUCCUUUACCUCCAAGUCUCAGCUCCUGGUGCAUCAGCCAGUUCACACAGGAGAGAAACCCUAUGUGUGUGCCGAGUGUGGGAAGGCCUUUAGUGGCAGGUCAAAUCUCAGUAAGCACCAGAAAACUCAUACUGGAGAAAAGCCCUACAUUUGCUCUGAAUGUGGGAAGACCUUCAGACAGAAGUCAGAGUUGAUUACACAUCACAGAAUUCACACUGGAGAGAAACCUUAUGAGUGCAGUGACUGUGGGAAGUCUUUCACUAAAAAAUCACAGCUCCAGGUGCAUCAACGAAUUCACACCGGAGAAAAGCCUUAUGUGUGUGCUGAAUGUGGGAAGGCCUUUACUGACAGGUCAAAUUUGAAUAAACAUCAGACAACACAUACUGGUGACAAACCUUACAAGUGUGGCAUCUGUGGGAAAGGGUUCGUUCAGAAAUCAGUGCUCAGUGUCCAUCAGAGUAUUCACGCUUGAGAAAAAGUAUGAGAAAACCUCUCUGAGGGAUGGGUCUGAUCGUACAUUGUUGCAUUCAUGCAGCAGAAAAAUAUGUAUAUUAUUGUAAAUAGAAAUGACCACAUCAGAAUGUCACACGUGACUGUUCUGGAGAAGGCCUCUGAGAAGGCAUAGAAUGAGGCGAGGGACCCUUCCAACCUUGUCAGCAGCCUCAAACCUUGGGGCAUUCAUACUGACAAGGAACUGGGUCAAUUUGGUACAUAGGAAAAGUCUUCUCAUGAAAACUACAAUGGAACACUGUUACCAAAUUCUUCAUAAGAAAGAUUAUAUUAUGUUAAUGAUAAUCUUGUUUACCAUGGAAUAGGUGUAGUGUCAACAAAUUGAAUGAUAAAACAACAUAACUUGAAUCCUAAGUUCUGUGAGUUGUUCAUUGCAGAACAGAUGGUCUAACAGAUUUGUGGGUGUUUUCUUUCUCAUUUGAAUGUAUCACACUUGGUCUUAUCCAACCCUCAUUCAAUAUUUCUAUCAAGGAAGAAUUAAAAAAAAAAAAACCUUUGUGUUUACAGAUGUAAACCUCAGAACUAUGUUGAGUCCCCAUUGUUAUCUAGCACGAAGACUUGCAACCCCCCUCAUUAUCUGCCAGGACUGUCUCUGAGCCUCGCAAGCCCUCAGCACAUUGUCUUUUGACCUCCAGCACAGUGUCUUGUGAACUCCUAUCACCUUCAAGAAAGCUUCUGAGGUAAGAAUUUUCAGGUCAUCUGAGAAAACUUAAAAAUCCCUUCUGCUUACAUAGUUCUUUCAAUUCAGUUGCCUUUUUUCCCCUUUAUUUGUCACUGACUUGAAGCUUAGCAUUUGGCCUUAAUGAUGUGACUUUCAUAUAACAGAUCAAUAACUUCUAUGAAAACCAAUACCACCAUAUGUUUAGGGGCAGAAAGGGACACAGCCAAGGCAAACACUGGAGGUCAAAACCAAUGUCACCAUAUGUUUAGGGCCUGGUGUAUUUUAGGCAAGUUGGUUCUCCCUAUUGGAGCUAACGUUUUUUUUUUUUUUUGAGAUGGAGUCUCGCUCUGUCACCCAGGUUGGAGUGCAGUGGUGCGAUCUUGGCUCACCGCAACCUCAGCCUCCUGGGUUUAAGCAAUUCCCCUGCCUCAGCCUCCCGAAUAGCUAGCUGGGACUACAGGUGCAUGCCACCACACCCAGCUAAUUUUUUGUAUUUUGAUAGAUGGGGUUUCACCAUGUUGGCCAGUUAUAUAGUUGAAAUCAUACAGUACGUAGCCUUUUCAGACUGACUGCUUUCACUGAGUGAUGUGGAUUUACGUUUCCUCCGUGUCUUUUCACGGCUUGAUAACGCAUUUCUUUUUAGUGCCAAAUUAUGUUCUGUUGCCUGGAUGUUUAUUUAUUCACCUACUGAAGGACUGUUGGAUGCUUCCAAGUUUUGGCAAUUAUGAGGAAAGCUGUUAUAAAUACCUGUAUGCAGGCUUUUUGUGUGAACAUAACUGAAAUAUUUUUAAAGUUAUAUUUAUUGAGGUAUAAUUUACAUGUAGUAAUAUUCACACUUUUUAGUGUGGCGUUCCGAGUUUUCACAGUUGUAUCUAAUCAUGCAAUCAAACACCACAAUCAAAAUAGAGAACAGUUCCCUCACUUCCCUCAUUUCUUUCCUGUCCCUUUCUAGUUCCCUUUUUCCACUCCCAGCCCUUGGCAAUCACCAGUCUGUUUCUGUCUCUAUAGUUCUACCUUUUCCACAAUAUUGUGUAAGUGGUGUCAUUGUGUGUGCGUGUUUUGUAUGUAUAUGUAUAUCUCCUUUUGAGUCUGAGUGCUUUCAUUUAAUGUGAAGUAUCUGAGAUUCAUCCAUAUCAUGCUAUGAAAUACAGAUGGAAAAUAAGGUGAUGAAAAGAUUCUCAACAUCUUUAUCAGGAAAAUGCAAAUUAAACCACAAUGAGAUACUACUAUAGAAUGGCUUUUAGAAUGGCUAAAAAUGAAAAUGUACUGAGAAUUGACAAGAAUACAGACCAAUGGAAAUUUUCAUGCCUUGCUUGUAGCGAUGUAAAAUGGUCUGUCCACUCUCCAAAAGUUUGGCAGCUUCUUAUACUCUUAACUGUACAUUUAUCAUUAUGGCUAAGUAAUCCCACACUUAAGUAGUUACCCUAGAUGAAAGAAAAAUUCUGUUUACAUGGAAACCUGUACUCAAACGUUCACAGCAAUUGUAUAAUUGCCAAAAUUAGGAAACAGCAUAAAUGUACAUCAGUGCAUGAAUGAUGAAACAAAUGUGUACACUGAUACCACGAAGGGCUGCUCAGACAUAAGAAAAUGAUGUAUUGACACUUACUACAACAUGGAUGAAUCUCGUAAGUGCUGUUAUAUUUGACCAUGUGAUAACUUGAAUUACAUUUGGUAAAAUAUUUAUAAAUAUAAAUAACUAGAUUUAUAUAUUUUAAUCUUAUAUGUACCUGUCAUUACAUGCUACAGUAAAUUAUGUCUACAGUAUGUUACAUAGUAUAUUGUAAUAUUUAUGACUGUAUAUUCCCUACUACAAUAAAAUAGUUUGUAUUUUAUAUAA